AUGCUCGGUAUCGGGGUCGAUCUGGUGUACCUACCUCGAAUAAGCAAACUGAUCGCUAAAUACAAGGGCUCAUCCACUCUAAAUGCGAUAUGCGGUAAGUUCAUGUGUGCGCAAGAACAGGCGCACAUGGGGCAGCUGCUCCUCUCUGGAGAUGCCACUCGUACAGUACAGUAUAUGGCUGGGGUAUGGGCGGCAAAGGAGGCUGUAUACAAGGCGCUCAGUUGUUUUGUCCCAUCGAAUGCGCUACCGCCGGCACAGACGGUAUAUUCGCAAUUGAUGCACAAGCACAAUGUGGGCAAGUGCCCAACAUUGUCGACGCUAGAAUCGUUUCCACAAUUGUAUCCACAACAUGAACAGUUCUACAGCAAAUAUAUUCUCCCGAGUCGAAUGCUUCUGUCUAUUUCACAUGACGGGGAUUAUCUAAUAGCGUAUACAACGGUCUCGAAGAAGUAA